CCUCUUUCCCGGACCGGUCCCCCUGUCAGCGCUCAAGUCGAGACCGUUGAAUCACGACCCCAUAGACUACACGUCAGACAAUCUUUAUUAAAAGCUUGUGUCGGUGUCAGCACUUGAAAGAAUUUCAUUCUCUUGAGACAGAGUUACAGUUGCCCAUUACACAAUACUCAAAAGGCAUAUCGAAAGAAUGAAGUACGCUACCAUUGGUGCUUUGGCCUCCGUGGCCGCCACGGCCGUGGCAGACAAGACGGACAUGACCUUCGCCGUCCUCCAUUUCACCGGUCAACAAAAGUUCUUGACCGAAGGUCCCAUAGAUCCCGUCGUCAACCCCGGAACGCAAGCUACCCAUUAUCACAGUAUUAUGGGAGGCAGCAACUUCGGCCCGAACACUCGAGGUGACGAUCUUCUAAAUUCUAAGUGUACUACGACUACUAUCAAGAAUGACAAGAGCAACUAUUGGGUUCCCUCUCUCUUCUUCCAGGACCCUAAGGAUGGUACCUUCGAAAAGGUUCCCCUGUUCUACAUGAACGUAUACUACUUCUUCGAGCCCACUAACGGCACUAUCGAGCCAUUCCCCGUUGGCUUGAAGAUGAUGAGUGGUGAUACCAACACCAGAGAUCCUCCCAAGUUCGGCGGUGGAAGCAAUGUUGACCCUACCCGGGGUCCGAUCCAGCCCGUUCAAUGGACUUGCCCCCGUCAGAGCUACAACCCUCCGUCUUACCCCGUGGACUCGGACGGAACUACGGCCGGUCUACAGGACCCCAAUAACCAGGGCGCAGGUGCUGGUUUCCCCCUUUAUGACUGUGAUGGCACUUACUCUCCCCUUCGUCAGGACAUCCACUUUCCUUCUUGCUACAACCCGGAAGUCGGUCUUGAUGAUUACAAGAACAACGUGGCAUGGCCUACCCCUGUGAACGGACUACUAACUUGCCCUGCCGGAUGGAUCCACAUCCCUCACCUCUUCUACGAAGUCUAUUGGGACACUCCCUCGUUCAAGGACAGGUGGACCCCCGAUGGAAAGACUCAACCCUUCGUCCUCUCCAACGGUGAUGCUACUGGAUACAGCUCGCACGGUGACUUCAUCUCUGGUUGGGACCAGGACACCCUCAAGACCAUUAUCGACACUUGCAAUGUUGGUACUCUCGGCAUGGAGCACUGCCCUAACAUUCCCGGUGGUGUCAACACCGACCAGGACUGCACCAUUGAGCCUGCUAUCGGUACCAUGGUGAAGGCCUCCCAGAAGCUCAAGUCUCUCCCUCUCAACCUUCCUGUCACCGGUUGGGGCAAGGGCGGUUCUUCCAGCGGUUCUGGUUCUGAAUCUGGCUCGUCCUCGUCGGAAUACUCUGCCUCUUCGACUUCGGAUUCAACCUCUGCCGGAAAUGUCUUUGUUGAACAACCCAGCUCAUCCGCCGAGGCUGCUGCCCCUGCCGUCACCGCUGCCGCCGUGGCCCCUGCCGAGCAGGGUAACCCUAACGUCGCAACCGUCUGGGAUACCGUAUACGUCACCGAGACCACCACGGCAGUAGUCGAGCCUACGCCUGCUGCCCGCCGACGCCGCGCUUCGCACGGCCACGACCACAUGAAGCGCCACCAGCACGGCGCUCACGGCCGCCAAUAAACAGCAAGCGAGUGGCCAGCUAUCCAGUUGAUUAUUUAGUUCUAUGUCCGUACACGACUUUCUAGGGAUUGCGUGGCGCUGUCGAGGAUUGGUCGCAUCAUAGAGGAUCCAUGGGAGGGCAUGUGAUAUACAGGAUUGUUUGCGAUUUUGCUUUUAUUAUUUUUAUUCUUGGACAUGCUUUUUUGGAUAUGAUAAGGCAGAGAAGGAGAAGGAAAACGUCCCUCCGAGAUAUACACAUCAAGAUCCAGCUCCAACAAAAACGCUUCGCUAUCUUGAUCCGAUACCCUUACCUUACUUGAACCGGGGAGGCAUACAUAAAAAUUGGGCGGUCAAGUAUGUGGUAGUUGCUCUCGCGAGGACUCCACGUAUGCUGUGCGCGCACGCUCAUGUUCGCUUCUUGAUGUAAUUAUAUUCAUACCUAACCUAACCUAUUCAUAUGCAAAAACUACGAACAUGAUUGUUCGAUUUUGACCUAUAUAUAUAACUACCUACUGCAUAGAACAGAGUGAGAGAAUAACUCUAGACUUAAGUUUUUUUUUAGUUUUUGCAUUUU